AUGGCCUCAAGUACUUUUUCCAUGGAAGGAAUAAACAAUGUCACUGAAUUCAUUUUUUGGGGUCUUUCUCAGAACCCAGAGGUUGAAGAAGUAUGCUUUGUUGUGUUUUCCUUCUUUUACAUGAUCAUUGUGCUAGGAAACCUCCUCAUUAUGCUGACAGUUUGCUUUAGCAAUCUUUUCAAGUCUCCCAUGUAUUUUUUCCUCAACUUUCUAUCUUUUGUGGACAUUUGCUACUCCUCAGCCACAGCACCCAAGAUGAUUGCUGACCUGCUAGUGAAGGAAAAAACUAUUUCCUAUGUGGGGUGCAUGUUACAACUCUUUGUUGUUCAUUUCUUUGGUUGCACUGAGAUCUUCAUCCUUACAGUCAUGGCGUAUGAUCGAUACGUGGCCAUCUGUAAACCUCUCCACUACAUGACUAUCAUGGACUGGGAAAGAUGCAAUAAGAUGUUGCUGGGGACAUGGGUGGGUGGGUUCAUACAUUCCAUUAUCCAAGUGGCUCUGGUGGUGCAGCUCCCCUUUUGUGGACCCAAUGAGAUUGAUCACUACUUCUGUGAUGUACACCCUGUGCUGAAACUCGCCUGCACUGACACCUACAUUAUUGGUGUUGUUGUGACGGCCAACAGUGGUACCAUUACACUGAUAAGUUUUGUCAUCUUGCUAUUCUCAUACACAGUCAUUCUCGUAUCUCUAAGAAAGCAAUCAUCUGAAGGAAGACGCAAAGCUCUCUCCACAUGUGGAUCCCACAUUGCUGUGGUCAUCAUCUUUUUUGGUCCCUGUACUUUCAUGUAUAUGCGGCCUGACACCACCUUUUCAGAGGACAAGAUGGUUGCUGUAUUUUACACCAUUAUCACUCCCAUGCUGAAUCCUCUAAUUUACACUCUAAGAAAUGCAGAAGUAAAACAUGCAAUGAGGAAGCUGUGGACUAGAAAGGUUUCCUGGGAGGCUACUGGGAAAUAG